ACCUCACUAGAGCCUCGACGCUUUGGCGCGAUGUCCUACAAAUUUGAAAAUCCGAGGGCGGUCACUGAAAGAUUUGCGAACCGUCGAUGAAGAAGUGGGCAAACAUUUGUCCUGUCGGAUCAACAUUUUGGUGAACGGGACGUCGAAUUUUGAAGGGAUGUCGUGGGAUUUUUUUGUACCCUUGUGCGUGGGCGACUUGGUCAAGAGCGGAGGGGUAAACCAGUACGUCGUGCAAGAUGUGGUUUCCCCUAAGCAGCUACCUUCCCAUCUAAACAGAUUCAAGACUGCGUUUAGAAGUCAAGGGCCUUUGUGCAUCUUGGAACACUUCGACACGGCUUACAGUGUAUUACAGCAUGCCAACACGGUGGAUCCCAUUUUGAAGGAGGACACUCUGGAUUUGCUGGUGCAAGUUGUUGGCAGCCUGUCAACAUCCCUGCCCUCGUUGCUCAUUUCGGCCUCGGUCUCUGCCGCCGAGCGAAAAGAAAAGCUCAAUGCUGUUAAAAUGAGCGUCUACUUGCUCUGUAAAAUCACCGAGAAUCUUGAAAGUGACUCUUACAGGCGGAGCUUCAUUGCGGCCCCUGGCAAGACCGGUAAAAAGGCCAAAACAGGCGAAGGACUCGUACAGUGGGACAACGAAAGGGAGAGAGUUCUUCAGGCGCUUCUGCACCUCCUCCAGUUAGACAUCCGUUCCCUCUGGAAUCUUUCGCUUGUAGAAGAGGAAUUCACCAGCUGUGUGACUUGUUGUUGCUACAAGCUUCUUGAGAAUCCCACCAUCGGCCACGUCAAGAGCAAGCCCACCAAAGAGGGUGUAAUCCAUCUGCUUGGGUUGCUGAUCAAAAAGUACAAUCACCUUCUAGGUGCAAGUGUAAAGGUUAUCCAGCUGCUGCAACAUUUUGAGCAGUUAUCAUCAGUGUUUGCCCAAGCUCUCUCUGUCUGGAGCACUGAAUAUGGAGUCAGAGCCAUCAUAGGGGAAGUAAUAAGAGAGAUUGGCCAGAAGUCAAGUGAGGAGCUUGCCAGAGAAGGUUCGGGAGUCAAAGCCUUUUCCACUUUCCUAUCUGAACUUGGUGCACUUGUACCAGAGUUACUGAUUCCUAACAUCAGUGUGCUUAUCACACACUUGGAAGGAGAGAGCCACACGAUGCGCGUGGCUGUGUGUGAGGUACUUGGGGAAAUACUGGUGCGCGUCCUGUGUGGAGACGGACUGCAAGAGUCGGGAAAAGCGGACCGCGACCGCUUCUUUGACAUCCUUCAGGAGCAUAUACACGACACACACUCUCAUGUCAGAACACGUGUGUUGCAGGUGUACACGCGUAUCGUCAACAGCAAGGCCUUGCCGCUUUGUCGGUAUAGUGAGGUGAUGGGUCUCACGGUUGGAAGGCUGAUGGAUAAGUCGAUAAAUGUGGUGAAGAGUGCCAUCCAGCUGCUGGCAGCCUUCAUUGCACACAAUCCUUACAGCUGCAAGCUUAGCAGUGCGGAUCUGAAAAAACCUCUGGAGAAAGAGACGGCUAAGUUGCGGGAGAUGAAAGAGAAGCUGCAGGGUAGUGUACCAGUGAUUAAAGCGUCUGAGUUGUGGGCCGCCAUGGAACCUGAAUUGCACGGCACUGUCAACGUAGAGCUGGAGCACAUGGGUGAGUCUGAGAAGGAACAGGAGGAGGAGGACGACGAAGAGGAUGAGGAGAUGAUGGAUGACAGAGCCACAGCAGUGAUGAUUGCACAGUAUCUUCGGGUCAACAAAUACAGGAAUGCUGUGCGUCUCUGUAUGAAAGCUCACAGCCAGUUCCCUGAAUCAGAGCUGUUCGCUGCCCUGUCCACUCGCACUCCAGAGACACUAAUGGACACACUAGCCCUCAUCUUCAAAGGUUCUGACGAUGAUGCAUCCGAGCGCAGUCAGAGCUUACCCCCCACUCCACAAAAAGAAGGCAGUAAAGAGAUGGAGGAUGCUGAGCUCAAGAAGCAAGAGAUGUUGGUGCAGUACCUGAGAGACACUGAAACCUUCGCUCUCCAAGUGGAGAGGGCAAUAUCUGUCAUUAACUCCAUGCUUUACUGGAAAACAACUACAGUGGUUCAGGAAGCAGUCCAGUUUUGCGUCACUGUGUGUGAGUUCAGCGUUGCCAACUCGCUCAGCGGUGUGAGGAAGAUGUUGCCUCUGGUUUGGUCAACGGACGCUGCCAUCAAAGAUGCUGUCGUCCAGGCUUAUAGACGCCUCUAUCUCAACCCUCAAGGAGAAACCAACAGGAUAAAGGCACAGACACUUGUGGACAGUCUUUCUGAACUGAUGGUGGACGCAUCUCUAGGAACGAUUCAAUGUCUGGAGGAAAUAGUACAGGAGUUUUUUGGCAGUGGCAACAGUCUGGAGUCGACUGUGGUGCAGGUUCUUUGGGGGAGAUUUACAGGGAAAACGGAGACCUCGCCUUUGUACAAGCGAGCUGCCGUGGUCCUUCUGGGAAUGGCUGCACGGGCAGAAAGGAAGGUGGUCCUCAGCAAUUUGGACACUCUUUGUUCAGUGGGUUUGGGAGAAAAAGUGACGGAGAACUUUCUUCUGGCGAGAGAUACAGUGAUCACCAUCUGCAGUAUUACUGACCACGUUAGGCAAUCAAAAGGUGCACCUUUUAGACUACCUCAAGAACAUCAGCUCUUCACUCGCCUCACACAAGCAGUUGCUGAAGGUGCUGUGAUGGAAGACCCUCACUGGCAGAGUUUCAUGGAGCAAGCUGUACGUCUCAUCUACUUUCUUGCUGAAUCCCCGGACCAGCUGUGCUCCCGGCUGCUCCAACGCACCGCUCGACUCCUGCUAGAUCAAAUUGUCGAAGGCGUUACGGUUAAUCAGGAUGACUCUCAAACACAAGAGGGCUCUCAGGAAUCUGGCGAACAGGGUGAGCGGCAAGUUGUCUCACUCAUGUUUGUUGUUUUUCCACACACUGUUGCUUCAUGCGUGUUCUCUCCCGCAGUGAACUGUGUGUGUCUGGCUCAGUUGUUGGCCUUGUGCGGCAGCGUGGCCUUCUGGCAGGUGUCUCACCUGGAGCGCAGCGUGAGCAGUGAGCUGCGGAGGCGGAGAAGAGAGACUGAAGAGAGGGAGGAGAAGGAUAAGGGCCCAUCCAGCAAAGCUAAAAUAACUGCCAAUGAGAGCGCAAUGGAGGAGGAGCUGGGUUUAGUCGGCGCCUCCGCAGAAGACACGGAGGCCGAGCUCAUCAGGAAGAUCUGCGAGACAGAAUUAUUGGCCGAGGAGAACCUGCUGAGCGCAUUCCUUCCUUUACUGGUGAAAGUAUGCAGCGCCCCUGGACGCUAUUCCCACCCUCAGCUUACCGCCGCUGCCUGUCUGGCUCUCUCACAGUACAUGAUGAUUAGUCCAUCUGUUUGUGAGGAGAAUGCACGCCUCAUGUUUACGGUGCUGGAGCGCUCGUCUCUUCCUGUUGUCAGGGCCAAUGCCAUCAUUGCUCUGGGAGACCUCACUGUCCGCUUCCCCAACAUAUUGGCACCCUGGACCCAGAAUUUAUACGCCAGACUCAGUGACGAGGUCCCCUCGGUGAGGCAGACAGCCGUGACAGUGCUGACUCAAUUGGUGCUUAAGGAUGUGCUAAAGGUCAAAGGGCAAGUCAGUGAGGUGGCUGUGCUGCUAAUUGAUCCCGAGCCCCACAUCAUCAACCUGGCCCUGAACUUCUUCAACGAGCUGUCCUCCAAGGACAAUGCAAUUUACAACCUGCUACCGGACAUCAUCAGUCGACUGUCUGACCCGGAGAGAGGCAUGAGUUCAGAGGACUUCAAUACGAUCAUGAAGCAGCUUUUCUCCUACAUCACCAAGGAAAGGCAAAGUGAAUCUCUAGUGGAGAAAUUGUGUCAACGGUUCAGGACUGCAAGGACGGAGCGUCAGUGGUGCGACUUGGCUGUCUCGCUGUCCCUGCUGUCCAUGUGCGAGCGUGGCUUUAAGAGGCUGCAAGAAUGCUGGGAAUGCUACAGCGACAAGCUGACUGAGCCCGGUGUCUACCAGCCUCUUCUUGCCGUAACGGCAAAGCUGCGCCGUGGAGCCAAAAUCCAAUUCAAGAGCCAAGUGGACGAGUUUGAGAAGCGCCUGACUGCAGUCCACACGCGAGGCCUGGAGAACGUGGAGAGUCCCGAGAUGGAUGAAGAAAAUCAAGAAGACGCUGAUAAAACGGUCUCUCGCACACCGAGAGGUCAAGCCAAAUCAAAAAGAGGUCAGUCGAGGAAGACUGUUUGCCAUCGCAGCGACGACAGUUUUGUCACGCCUCGGAAAACUCGCAAGUCAAAGAAACGCAUCAUCACCUUCAACAGUGAUGAAGAGAUUUCUGAAGAAGAUGCUGUGUUGUCGGAAAGCGAGACCCCGAAAGUCACGACGCCGAUUGCCCGCACUUCUCGACGAGCUCGCCUCAGAAACUAAUUUUUUAAUUAUUUUUUUAACUCUUGUUUGUCCAUUUUUUUUUUUAAAUAUUUCCUUUCUCCACCUUUAUUGUACAUUUUUAAACAGAGACCCAACUAGCAUGCUGAUCAUGUGUCUGUGUAGCAUCGACAUCAUGUAAUAAACCAGGACUGGUUGCUUUAAAUCCCUCAAGUGCGAUCCUUGUACCACAUCAUCGGGCAAUUAAUGUCUUUGUUACAAUUUGUACUUUUACACCAGGGUUUUCAAAGUGUGCUCUAUAACAGGUUGUCAAACUCCUUGUCGCAGUGUACAGCGUAGUUGCGGUUUACUUCGUGGGGACAUUGUGUCUGCCAACUACAAGGUCCGCCGUAAUUGGCAUAAGUAUAUUUUCUCGUAAUGAAAAAAGUAUUUUCUCUUUUUACAAGCAUUUAUUCUCUUAAUCAACAUGAGAUGAUGACAUAUUACGUAAUGAAUAAUUAAAAGCUGGCCAGCCCGGACAAAUGAGCCCCAUUCAGGUGCCUUUGAGAAGAUCUGCCCCGAACUCUCAACGCAUACACUUUUUCUUAUUUACAAUGCAAAUGGGCAGGCCCUCAUGUUAACACAUGAAGUGGCUCACAAGAAGUGGAAUUUUACUAGGCAGCUGUGGGGCAGUUUCCAUGGUGACUCUGCGACACCAAAACGCAAUGACUGUGUUGAGGAAUGGCCUCACCUUCAUAUAGUGUCUGCGAAAACGGAAGGCGAAGACACAAACCGUUGAAUCCGGGCUCCAAAGUGAAAGGAUUCGAUUGCGGGGGCUUGCUCCGCAUCCAUAUCAAUGGAAAGCUCCCGCGCCGAUUGCGUCAGCAUUCGCACACGUCACAUUGGGCGUGUGCAGCAGUGCUACGAAACAUUAAAAAUGGCAAAUGACCGAAUGCCAUUGCUAGGAGUGGGCAGGUAUGUUAUCUUCCGGGCUGAAGAGGCUGUUGGGGUCAAAGUGCAUUAUUGGCUGUUGCCUUGUAAAUCUGCACUGUCCCCUAGGGCCUGGCAUUAAUACUACAUUGUUUUCACACGGAAUUGUGACAUUGUUUGAAUGGAGACGGAACCAUAUAAAUGCAAAUUUGACGUUUUUCGUAUUCCCGGAGAGUCACCAUGUAAACGGGCCCUGUUUUAAUCUGUUAAUUACCUCGCUUCAGGGAAAAAGCUGAGAGCUGUGCAAAUCAUAUUCGAUACAAAAUGAUAUAGAAAUGAAUGCACUAAGUACAAUGAACUAACAUUGGAACAAAUAUCUCUACAUUAUUCAAUUUUUUUCUUAUUUGUUGGAUAGGUUGGAGGCAUGGAUUGAAAUUGCCUUUGAAAUUUUGGUUGGAUAAAUGUUACUAUGCUUUCAAAAAGCACUUCAAAACCUCUUUUGCUCUUGUGUUAAGCGAUUGGACAUCAUAAAUAUAACGGUAUAUCUGAAAUGACAAAGAUGAAGAAUUUUUUUAUUACUAUCAACAUUAUUGCAAGCAAAAGAAAAUAUAUAAGAUGGUCAUCAAUAAAUAAAGUGAAAUUUUCAGUAUGAGGACUUCUAUUACAGAUAUAAGCUUGCUUUUUUAAAAAAAAAUUCUUUUAUCAUUAUUAUUAUUUUUCAACGUGGUCUCCCAGCACUGUCACACACUUCCCAUCUGUGCACAAACUUCCCUCAGCGUAAAACUCUUCGGACUGAUGUCUCAGCCAGCCUCUCGCAACACUUUUGCCAUUUUUUUCAGACAUUUUUUCGUCUGAAACGUGGCACCAUACACAGUUGACAUUCUCCUAUGAAUUUUAACUGGUUUGCACCCUUCAACCAAAACAUUGACAACUGACGGCUGUACAUUUCUGGAGCAUGCUUCUUGGUCGGCCAUCUUUGUUAAUCGCCAAAACUCUCCCAAAAAAUUUAAUCUGGAAAUUCAAGUGAAAAAGAAGUAAAACAAAGAAAAAAAGGAAGCUUCUAGCUUUAUAUAUACCGAAACUUUCACCCCAUUUAUUGAAUGACCAUCGUAGUUACUUAUGGCGAACCCUGCAGUGCUGCCGCGAUUAAUCACCUAAUCAACUGGAAAAUAAAAAUAUUUUAAUAGUAAAGUCAUUGUUUAGAGAUAUUGUUGAUUUCAAAAUGCUUCAAACCUCGCCCACACACUUUUCUGGGGGGGGGGGGGGUGCUGACGUGUGAGGGUAGGCAGCGAAUGAUGAACUAAUUUAAAUACACACCAGAGAAUGAAAAGAGCAACAUGAUUGGACAUCUAACAUCAGUGGCACUGAAAGAGUAAUUAUCGUCAUGCAUUUUUUUCACCCUUUGAAAACCACUGAUUUGUCUCAAAAAUGGCUUUUUCUGUGUUUGCUCACUUUGCAUGUGCUUUUUUAUUGCAGUUUUCACCCAGCCAUCACAUCAGCAACUCUUUCUCAUUAUUUACUAACAAUCCCCAUCAUUCAUCCCACUUGCAGCUUUCUAGCAGGUUGACCUGACCUCACUGAUCAAUCAUUUUUAGGUCUGCCUGGUGAUUUAUUUUUCCUCUUCACUCUCCUGUUGCCUACUUUUUUCUUUUUUUAAUUCCCUCCCACGGCGCUCCUCUGCUGACAUCAGAGCACGGUAGUUUAACCCCCUCCCCUUACUCACCACCUUCCUCUCACUCUCCCAUGAUUGCUAAUCUCUCUCCUUCGCCUACAUGUUGUCCUUUCCCAAAAAGAUGAGAGGGGUGAAUUUUUCUAUGUAGGUAUUUCUGAACGGUUAUGUAAAGCCACUUUCCAAGCACUGGUUUUGCAAUACGGCUCUGUCAUCGAUAUGACCUUAUUGAACAACCAUGAUUCUAAUAUUUCACCUUUUACAGUAGGUGAUACUUUAUUAACAGAUUGGUCUCAAACAUUUGGCCUGGGGACCAAUUGCAGCCCACGGGACAGUAUUUUGCGGCCCUUGAUAUAUAUAUAUAUAUAUAUAUAUCUUUUAAUCAUUUAUGUGUCUCGGGUAGAUGCUAAAUAGUUGAGACCGUUAAUUAAUAAUACUAAAUAAUAAAAUACAUAUGUACGAUGGGAUGGUAAAAAAGUGGUUAACACGUCUGCCUCACAGUAACCGAGCAUGGACGUCGCCAGACAUAUUUCACUAAGGCACACGCCCCAGUAUUGAUCUGCAGUGCCCCAGUAUAAAUUUUGCAGGUAAAAAUUAUUUUUGUAGUAAGUCUAGAUAGCAUAAUCUAUCGAAAGUGCCUAUUUAAUGUGAUCAUAUUACUCUGUUCACUCCAUAGACACAAUCUGCACAUGGGUAUUUUCAUUUAUGAAGGUAACUUUGGCUGUGAUAAGCAUAUGAGUUGACACUUCCGCGAAGCACCUUCGAGAACUUUGCUGCGUUCAAGUGUGUCGGGAGAUCCAAGUUCUCAAAUUGGAAAAUCGUUCUGAUGUGUUGUAAUGUGGGAUAAAGACAUGAUUGCUACAAAGAAGACUAGCCUGUUUUAACGCUUCAACGAAUCAUCACAAGUUGAGUGACUGCAUUUUUUUUUUUAAAUUUAAAUAUU